AUGCUUCGUUCAUUCUCCACCUUCACCUCGCAUGCUCGUGCUGCUGGGCCCUCACGAAUCGUGUUACUCCGCGCAAAGCAGUUUCACUCCUCUCCCAGCCGAAUGGAGUUCCACUUCGACACCCAUCACUUCGUUCAACGGCUCGAGCGCGAAGGACUUAACCGCGCCCAAGCCGAGGGCAUCAUGUCAGCCAUGGCUGAAGUCAUUGACGAGAGUAUCCGGAAUAUGACAAGCAAUAUGGUCACAAAGGCCGACCAGGAGAAGCAUCAUUAUACGCAGCAGGUCGACUUCGCGCAGCUGAAGUCUGAGCUGCAACUCAUGGAGAAGAACGAGCUCGCGAUGAUCAAGGCGGAGAAUGAUCGGCUAGUCACCGAUAUCGAGAAGCUUAAGCAACGUCUGCGUGAAGAGAUCACACGAACACAAGCUGGUGUCCGUCUCGACCUCAACCUGGAGAAAGGUCGCAUGCGCGAAGAAACCAGUAAACAAGAACUCAAGAUCAAGGAAGUAGACACCCGCAUUGAGCAGGAGAUUGCCGCCUUGCGUACCUCUAUCCAGGUUUCGAAGGCAACGACUCUUCAAUACCUUGUUGGUUUCGUCACUGGUUGCUCUGCUCUUCUCAUGGCAUAUAUGCGCUUCCGAGUUUAG